CAAAAAACGGGAACGGUGUUAUGCCGAGAAACGCAUGCCAGCUGUUACGGGAAGAAAGAAAUAAACAAAGUGGCGGUAGUGGGACAGUGCCAGAACAGAAGUACCACCUCUUCAUACAGGAUUAGCAGGAAGUGGACGUUUUGUUUCAGGCUGAACCAGAAAACUGUUGGAGUCAGACUGAACUUCUCAGCAGGUUAUAAAGAUGUCCGUCUCAGUGGAUGCAAACACUGGAGUGACUGCUGUUACCAUAGCAACGGACAAUCGGAGCAAGUUGGCACAAAGGCGUCAGAUCGUCAGGGCUCUUCCCUGCGGUCCAUCAUGGCGGUCAGGGAGCAAAGGGAGCAGCGUGGUCGGCGCUCUCGGGAUUGUGCAGAUCAUGGUCGGAGUGUUCAACGUUGUACUCGGACCAGAACGUGCAGAAACGUUUCCUUACUGGCUGGGAGUUCCUUUCAUUGCAGCCGGAGUCCUGUCUCUUCUUGCAGACAGAUUUCCUUUCCGCUGCCUGAUGGGUUUUUCCGUCUUUCUCAACGUAGCCGGAUCCAUCCUCUCCAUUGUGGCCAUAGUGCUGUAUGCGGUACAUUUGGCCAGCUUUACUGUCAUUGGGAUGUGUGGGAUCCUGGAUGAAAGGAACUCCAAAAACUGCGUGUUCUUGGCUAAUUUAGCUCAGAAACUGCUGAGAGGCGUGGACAUCACCAUGAUCGUCAUGUCGGUCCUCCAGCUCUGUGUCUGCAUCAGCCUGGCAGUCCUGGGCAACAAGGCUUUCUACUACAGGUGGAAAUAUGUAAAAGAUGUUUUGAUCCAGCAGCCGUUGUUUGAAGAUGGUCACAUGACCAGUCCUGGAGCCUAAAUCUAAAUAAUCUGGUAAAACCAGGGAGAAACCAAAGGGGGGCCAAGGGUGGCCAGUCCCUCUCAAACAGAGAACUGCUGCUUUAUUAAACUCUAUUUGGAUUUAAAUUAUUAUUAAAAUGCAAAAAUAUUAAUGAAAAUAGUCCAAAAUGUCUCUAAAUACUGAGAGACAUUCUGUCUUCAGCAAAGAUAUUACAAAAUUAGUUUUAUGUUGUUUAUUUAAAAAUAAUUAGAUGCUAAAAUCUCCCAGAUAUACAUGCAGCCAAAACCAAAGAGGCAAAAAAUAAAUAAUAAUAAAUACAUUAUGUCUUUCAUUUUUGGGUUACAAUCGAUUGCAAUGUGAUGGAGAAAUGAUUAAAGUCGCCAAAAUGUAAUUUGUAAGUAUAAUUUUUAAAAUGAAAAUGUUUUAUAAAAACGAUUGGUAUCAGAAAGAGUGAAUUAAAAACUUUGCAUGUUUUAUUAUUAUCCACACAUGCAGGUAGAAAUGCAGAUCAUCCUUUAAAUUUUCCUUUCUGUACU